AUGGCGGGAUAUGAUAAUCUAGGUGUCUUCUUCAGCGAAAACAUCCUCAACGAUGAUGACAACCAACAAGACCAGCAGAAUGUCAGCAACUUGACGCAUAUUCGCAAGCGCUUUAAGGAGUUUUUGCAGAACUAUCAUACUGGUGACUUUAACUACAAGUACCGUAACCAGAUCAAAGAACACUACAACAUUGAACAGUACUGGAUUGAGGUGUCACUCACCGAUGUGGGUGGCUUCGAUGAAGCUCUUGCCGACAAGCUCAACAAGUCGCCCAUUGAGUACAUCAAAAUCUUUGAGAUGGCUGCUACGGAGCUUGCCGAUGAAAUCACCCGUCCUCGAGUGGACGAAGCUUCAGUUAAGGCGAUUCAGGUGAUGCUCAGUUCUGAUGCCAAUCCGACUUCUCUUCGAGAGGUCAAGUCCGACUUGAUCUCACGAUUGGUCAAAGUUCCUGGCAUUAUCAUCGCCGCUUCUAACGUGCGUGCCAAGGCCACCAAGAUUACCCUUCAGUGUCGUGGUUGCCAAGAGGUGAUCAAGGACGUGAACAUCAACUCUGGUCUGGAAGGGUACUUGAUGCCGCGCAAGUGUAACACCGACCAGACUGGUCGAUUGAACAAGUGUCCUCAAGACCCGUUUUUCAUCAUUCCUGACAAGUGUGAAUGUGUUGACUUUCAGACGCUUAAGCUUCAGGAGACGCCUGAAUCAGUUCCUCAUGGCGAAAUGCCGCGACACUUGCAGCUUUUCUGUGACCGUUAUCUAUGUGACAAAGUGGUUCCUGGCAAUCGGGUUACUAUUCUUGGCGUCUACUCAAUCAAGAAAGUGUCGAAGCCAACCACCAAUACGGAAUCUAAGGCAAAUAUCGGCAUCCGGGCUCCGUACUUGCGUGUCGUGGGCAUUUCAGUCGAAACCGAAGGCCCAGGCCGCGCUGGAAAUAUUCCUUACACAGCCGAUGAUGAGCAACUGUUCCGCCACUUGGCUAGCUCUCCGAACAUUUUUGAGCGCAUUGCCAAUUCGAUUGCUCCCUCUAUCUUCGGCUCAACUGACAUCAAGAAAGCCAUUGCCUGUUUGCUGUUCGGAGGAUCUCGCAAGCUGAUGCCGGACGGUCUCACUCGUCGUGGUGACAUCAAUAUUCUCUUGCUGGGAGAUCCUGGUACUGCUAAAAGUCAGCUGCUCAAGUUUGUUGAAAAUGUAUCGCCGAUUGGCGUGUACACCUCCGGAAAGGGAAGCAGUGCUGCCGGUCUGACUGCUUCUGUCAUUCGCGAUCCCACAUCGCGAAACUUUGUCAUGGAAGGAGGUGCCAUGGUGCUGGCCGACGGCGGUGUGGUCUGCAUUGACGAAUUUGAUAAGAUGCGCGAAGACGAUCGAGUGGCCAUUCACGAGGCCAUGGAGCAGCAGACGAUCUCAAUCGCCAAGGCAGGCAUCACCACAACGCUCAACUCACGAUGUGCCGUACUGGCGGCGGCAAACAGUGUCUUUGGUCGAUGGGACGACACCAAAGCGGAGCAGAACAUUGACUUCAUGCCGACUAUUCUAUCUCGAUUUGACAUGAUCUUCAUUGUCAAGGAUGAGCACAACGAACGCCGUGAUGCGACCAUUGCUCGCCACGUCCUCGACGUUCACAUGAAUGCGCAGAAGACCAUCGAGGACUCUGUCGAGGGCGAGCUCAGUUUGGUGUUGCUGAAGAAGUACAUUAACUACUGCCGAUCUAAAUGCGGACCACGACUGUCUCCGGCCGCUGCUGACAAGCUCAAGCGCCAGUACGUUUUGAUGCGCAAUGGCAGUCGAGAGCAGGAGGCGGAACACCACGCCAAAUCGCCCAUUCCAAUUACCAUUCGACAGCUUGAGGCUAUUGUGCGAAUUUCUGAAUCGCUGGCAAAGAUGCAGCUGCAGCCAUUUGUCAACGAAACCCACGUCAACGAGGCCAUUCGCCUGUUCAAAGUGUCCACUCUGGCAGCCGCCAUGUCGGGCGAUCUGUCCGGCGCUGAGGGCUUCACCAGCGACGAGGAGCACCAGCAGAUGGUUCGCAUUGAGAAGCAGAUCAAGCGACGCUUUCCCGUCGGCACUCAGAUCAGCGAGAACAGCAUUGUUCAGGAUCUGAUGAAGCAGAACUUUAACCAGCCGAUAGUGAAGAAGGUCAUCUACUGCAUGAUGCGCAAGGGCGAACUGCAGUCGAGAAUGCAGCGAAAGAUGCUGUACCGUGUCAAGUAA